AGAGGUGGUGGUGUAGGGCUUCGCUGGCGCUGGUGGCGGCCGCUGUGAUUUUGGAGGCUAGUGCGGCGCUAGGAUGAACGCUCCUCCCGCCUUCGAGUCGUUCUUGCUCUUCGAGGGCGAGAAAAAGAUUACCAUUAACAAGGACACCAAGGUACCCAAUGCCUGUUUGUUUACCAUCAACAAAGAAGACCACACGCUGGGAAACAUCAUUAAGUCACAGCUGCUGAAGGACCCGCAGGUGCUGUUUGCUGGCUACAAAGUCCCCCACCCCUUGGAGCACAAGAUCAUCAUCCGAGUGCAGACCACCCCGGACUACAGCCCGCAGGAGGCCUUCACCAAUGCCAUCACGGACCUCAUCAGCGAGCUGUCCCUGCUGGAGGAGCGAUUCCGGGUGAGGGGCCCAGCGUGCAGGGGAGCAGAUGGGGUGGCCAUUAAAGACAAGCAAGAAGGCAUCGAAUAGGAGGCUGGGAGAGUCUUGCUUGGCUAGUUCCUAUCCUGCACUGGAACCUUCUAGGAGAGCAGCUUCCCCAGCUUCGGGGACAUCCUGGUGAGCCCCUUCCCGCCGGAGCUGGUGUGUCCUGGACAGAGUCUGUUUUACCUUCCUAAUAAAGUGCUGCAGGAAAAGGCCUGGCUGUGGGCUAAAGCCGAGGUGACCCUGCGGGGCGUGGGGCUGCGUGGGGGCAGAGGACCGGUUUCCCAGUUAUCUGGGUCCUGGGGCCUGUCCACUCUGCACUGUGGCCCCAAAGGGCCACACUCCUUCUAGACCAAUCCCCCCGGCAGGGAGGCAGCACUUGCAGGAGCCUCUGCUCCCGGCCUGGCCGGUCUCACGCCGAGUAGCGGGGCCAGACGGGGCCACAGACCUCUCUCCAGUCUUCUUGUACAGCAGAGAGUUUAAUAAAAAUAUUCCCCAAUAAAAACAUUCUGGUCAU